AUGUGGGUCUGGGUUUCUGUGACCCGUGGAGAGAACAGCUCCACUCUAAAUCUCCAGUGGACCAAUCACAGCGCCUGGUUCCAUGGGGCAGAGCUGAGGGACCUGGCUGUGGGCCAGUACAGGCUGUACCAGUCUGAGAUAAGUAAAGAUGGAACAGUGACAGGAUCUGGACAAGAUGUUUACCAAGUACCUCCUUCGCUGGAGAAAAGGAGCUGGGAGAGCGGCACCAAACCCCUGGGCAAGGUGGUGGUUCCCACUCGGGUCGGACAGGUGUACGUGUACGACACGGUGAAACCGGAGCAGGACGAGUACGAUGUCCCGCCACGACAUCCACCUCCGGCUCAGCAGGACAUCUAUGACGUACCGCCGACCCGCCAGCAGUAUAACACACAGGUGUACGACACUCCUCCUAUGGUGGUGAAGGGGCCCUCUAGUGGUCAGGAUAUAUACGACACCCCGGCGAGCACAGACAAGAACCCGCAGCAGACGGUGUACGACUUCCCGCCGUCCGUCAGUAAAGACGUCCCUGAUGCUCAGCUAAUCAGAGAGGAGACGUACGACGUUCCCCCUCACUUUGCCAAACUCAAACCUCCGGUCCCCGUCCCCUCAGGCCAGUACCUGCACAACAACCUGGACGACGACGACGAGCCCCCCAUCCCAGAGGACGUGUACGACGUCCCGCCCCCCAUCCUGACCGACAAGCAUUACCAUGGAGACAGGGGCGGAGUCAGCCAGGCACGCCAGGACAUCUACGACAUCCCGGCGAGCAUGCGGACCGGAGGUCACCACUCCCAGGACGUCUACGACUUCCCUCGAGAGAGGGAGGAGAAGGGGGGGGAGAGAGGAGACCACUAUGUGUAUGACGUCCCCCCACAGGUGGUUCGUGACCCUCAGUCCACCUCAGACGACCUGUCCAUGUCCUUUAAGCGUCUGUCAGCCUCCAGCACAGGAAGCACGAGGAGCAACCACUCGGCGUCGUCCUUAGACAUGGUUCCUGUCCGGGACACUUCCACAUCACAUCCUGCCCCUGGAUCUACUCCUGGGAAACCCCUAAUCCUCGACCUGGAGCAGGCCAUGGAGCGUCUGUCUCGCCUCCAGCAGGCGGUGGAGUCCAGCGUGUCCCUCAUGAUGUCCUUCAUCACAGGUAACUGGAGGAGUUCGUCCCACCUGGAGGGGAACCUCCCCGCCAUCCAUCAGGCGGCUGACCGUGUCCGCGCCACAGUCAGGGACUUCCUGGAGUUUGCCCGUGGCGCUGUGGCGAAUGCUGCCCAGGCCACUGACCGCUCUCUUCAGACCAAGCUGGGCCGCCAGGUGGGGAAGAUGGAGGAGGUGUUCCAGAGUUUGAUUCGCCACAGUCAGAGCUUAGACGCCAUCUCCUGGUCACACUCGGCGCUAUCGGCGCCCCCACCAGGUGGGGAUGACUUGGACCGGCUAAUCAUGACGGCGAGAGGCAUCCCCGACGACGCCAAGCAGCUCGCCUCAUUUCUCCACGGCAACGCCUCGCUGCUGUUCAAACGGACCAACCGGCAGCAGCAGCAGCUGCCCCUCCCCCCAAUCCCGGGGGAGAUCGGCGGUCACAUGACAGGGUCAGGAAGUGGAAGCUACCAGGGAGGCGAGAAAGCCAACAUUCAGUCACGGCCCCUCCCCUCGCCGCCAAAGUUUACUGCUGCAGAGGAAGAGGAGGGCGUGGAGCGUCCGUACGAGAGCACGGAGGAAGGCUGGAUGGAGGACUACGACUACGUACAUCUACAGGGUAAAGAGGAGUUUGAGAAGAACCAAAGACAGCUGCUGGAGAAAGGAAACAUCACCAGACAUAAAACCCAGCUGGAGCAGCAGCAGAUCAAACAGUUUGAGCGUCUUGAGCAGGAAGUUAGCCGGCCAAUCAACAACGACAUGACGGGCUGGGUCCCGUCCCCUCACCACCCGUUGGCCAACCAGCUGUCCCAGAACGGCUCCGGAGGCUCCUCCUCCAAACUGUGCCACGGCGACCGACAGCUCCUCCUCUUUUACCAGGAGCAGUGCGAGCAGAACGUAACCACGGUGACCAACGCCAUCGACGCCUUCUUCACCGCCGUCAACUCCAACCAGCCGCCGAAGAUCUUCGUGGCCCACAGCAAGUUCGUGAUCCUCAGCGCGCACAAGCUGGUGUUCAUCGGAGACACGCUGUCCCGGCAGGCCAAGUCCCCGGAGGUGAGGGCGCGCGUCGCCCAGAGCAGCAACACGCUCUGCGAAAAACUCAAAGACAUCGUCAUCAGCACCAAGACGGCGGCGCUGCAGUACCCCUCCCCCGGGGCCGCCCGCGAUAUGACGGAGCGGGUCAGGGAGCUGGCGGGGUGCACGCAGCAGUUCAGGAUGGUGCUGGGACAGCUGCUGGUCAUGUAGGGGGGAGGAGGGGGGAGGGCACAGAACACUAGGGUGGUAAAUCCUGGUAGACCCUGCCCGCCAUGCAGCAGGAAGUGGACAAACCUGCCGCCUCCUGGAACCCCUGUGCUCCUGACAUGUAGCGUGGGAAACCCUGCGCACUGGGGGCCAGUUUGGACCCUCCCCUCUCUCUGGGACUGUUCUUCCCCCAUCCCUCCUUUCUCCACCGUUUUUACUCUGGACAAACUAAAGGAACAUUUCUCUUCAGUGGGCUGGGCCAUCGGAUGUAAAAUAAUCAUUGUAAAUAUUUAAGUUACCGAUUUAGUCCGAGAAGACUUCAGAAAUAUAAAUAUAAGGAGCGUUUUUUGAAGAAAAGAUGGAAACCUAAGUGUAGUUUUUAGACAUGAUCAGUAAUUGUUAUUAUUCUGACUAUACCAUAUCGCCUAAUAGGCCGCGCCCCCCACGGCCGCCAUGUUACUGACGCCACGGCUCAGAUGCUGUACCCCUAAAGCUAGGUGGUCCCUCAUGUUGACUGACCUGUUUGCAACUUCCGGAAAAGUGGGUGGAA